CACACAUUCAAGCUAUACAAGUCAUCCUCUGACAGUUAGGAGAAGAAAAUGGGACAAGUGUUUCUGCUCAUGCCAGUCUUACUGGUCGCUGGCUAUCUGAGUCUAGGUGCAGCAAUGGAGAAUCAGCGGCUGUUUAACAUUGCCGUCAACCGGGUGCAACAUCUCCACCUCCUGGCUCAGAAAAUGUUCAACGACUUCGAGGGCACUCUGCUGCCUGAUGAACGCAGACAGUUGAACAAGAUCUUCCUCCUGGACUUCUGUAACUCCGACUCCAUUGUGAGCCCCAUCGACAAGCACGAGACUCAGAAGAGUUCGGUCCUGAAGCUGCUCCACAUUUCCUUCCGCCUGAUCGAGUCCUGGGAGUACCCUAGCCAGACGCUGACCCACACCAUGUCCAACAACUUAAACCAGAACCAGAUGUCUGAGAAGCUCAGCGACCUCAAAGUGGGCAUCAACCUGCUGAUCAAGGGCAACCAGGAGGAUGUACCAAGCCUGGAUGACAACGACUCUCAGCAGCUGCUCCCUUAUGGGAACUAUUACCAGAACCUGGGAGAUAACGACAACGUCAGAAGAAACUACGAGCUUCUGGCCUGCUUCAAAAAAGACAUGCACAAGGUUGAGACCUACUUGACGGUCGCCAAGUGCAGGAAGUCUCUGGAGGCCAACUGCACUCUGUAGGAUGGGUCGGAGAGGCAGCCUGAUACCACUGGACCAGUUUCGCAGGAAAUAGAUAGCAUCUCGUCCUGCAUGGAAAACCAUUUUCAAUCCAUAUGAAAUGCUUUUCAGUGUAGUGGGUUCAGUCUAAAUCCAGCAACCCGGCUCCAGGGGUUUUCAGGCACCUGCAUUGUUCUCUGAAAUCUACAACAACUUCACUUAUUAUAUUCACUUUAUUUCUCUGAGCUAUUAUUGAUUUGUGGAAUUCAUAGAUUAGUACAUUCAUAGAAACAUUUUUUGAAUGUUUUAAUUAAGAUAUCUGAUUCAAGGUGGUGCUGCAGUCAAUGCAUACAUUUAUUUUAGGUGUGGAUUCACACUGACAUAAAAAAUAACUACUAAAAUGGGCAAAAUAAAUGGUGGUCUCUGCAUAAGCAGGCUUGAAGCUUUUGGGAUGUACACUGAUUAAUAAUCAUGUCAUUUUCUCUAGGUAUUUUCAUUCCAUUACCCUAUUGUUUUAAACUAUGUAGUAGUGCUUCAUUUUUCAAUAAAGCUGUUGUUCUCUGCA